UCUUCGAUGCUAUAUAAGUGAUUCCUUAGUUCCUCCUCUCUCUACAUAAAGGCAAACCUCGCUAUCUCCCACCUGCUCAAAUGGAGGACCCAAGCCAAUCUUCCAUGGGCAAGUCUCAUUGUUCCAAGGAAGCGACACCUCUUUGUGAGGAGAGCGGUUGGACCUCCUACCUCGAGGACUUCUUAGCAUCGCAGAAGAAGGAAGGUUCUACUUCUAGUGGUUUUUCUCCUAGUGUUGGUGGUGGGUCUUCCAUGGUCUCUGAUGCCACUUCAUGUGUUGCAUGGAAGCCUCCAGCUCACGCCGAGCCAUCGAAGGGGUGCAAGAAGCUAUGCUUUAAGAAGAGGAAGGCAAAGUUAACCUUGGGUGAUGACCCCCUGGAGGAUACUGCUAGUUCUCCCCUUAACAGUCCUAAGGUUAGUGAUUUGAAUUAUUUAGGUGCUGAUUUAAGGAAGGAGGAAGACGACAGAAAGAUUUCUCCGGUUGCAUAA